AUGACAGCUUCAGAGUUUGGGGUACAAGGAAAAAGGGCGGAUUUACAAAUUGUGGGUUCAUGGGGAGCGAUUGGAUCCAAGUGGAACACAAUCCAUAACUCAUCGAGGUUUGGGAGUGGAUUUUCAGCGAGGGUUAUACACAUGUCCGUAAUGAGCUCUGAUCAAGACAUAUACUCAGUGUUUUUCUACUGGAGGAAAGCGGUUGUACUGGAAUUAGAUCAUGUUGUGGUCUUCCCCUUUCCUAUCCCUGAUUCUGCAAGUGCACAGGGUAAACUAUCAAAAAGGAUGGAAAAAGGAGCAAAAGAGCCUCAAACCAUGAUCCAUGCAAGUUUCCAAGUCAAGAACAUCAUUUUAUCUCCAAGUGUCAAUUCUCGCUAUCGAGCAGGAACGAAGCUUCGGAAGUUUGGCCGCGAACGGAGGAGUUCCCGACGUCCAAAAGUCACGAUCUUGAUAUGGAAAGAUAGCUACUUGAGUCAUGCAUCACGUAGAAGUGGAAUGAAGUCAUUUCGAUCCACCAUCGGGCCGGAACUUAUUUUCUACCGAGACAUGUCCGGUUAG